CUUGCUACACGGAUAUCCCAAAGAUCAUUUACGCCUCCAGGACCCACUCGCAACUCACUCAGGUCAUCAACGAGCUUCGGAACACCUCCUACCGGCCUAAGGUGUGUGUGCUGGGCUCCCGGGAGCAGCUGUGCAUCCAUCCAGAGGUGAAGAAACAAGAGAGUAACCACAUGCAGAUCCACUUGUGCCGCAGGAAGGUGGCAAGUCGCUCGUGUCAUUUCUACAACAACGUGGAAGAGAAAAGCCUGGAGCAGGAGCUGGCCAGCCCCAUCCUGGACAUCGAGGACUUGGUCAAGAGCGGAAGCAAGCACAGGGUGUGCCCUUACUACCUGUCCCGGAACCUGAAGCAGCAAGCCGAUAUCGUCUUCAUGCCAUACAAUUACUUGUUGGAUGCCAAGGUGGGGGCUCAGUCUGCGUAGCUGACAACUCCUGAUGUCCAGGGGUGUUCCUGGGCUUGGGAAAGGCCGUCUGAGCCUUUGCUGCUGCAGGGACUUAGAGCAGCAGGCCUGGGUGGGAGGACCCGCCUCUGUCACUGGGCAGGGGCUCAGCCUGGCCGGACACACUUGUGAGCACCCCCAGGCCCUGGGUCAGUUGUUCCGAACAGUCUGGGAGUGAGCAGGCUGGUGGGAGUGAGGAGAGACCUCCAGGC